AUGCGGUGCUAUUUAUUAUGUCCCAUCCAGGUUCAGAAAAAUUGCGUCAUUAUGCAAGAAGUGUCUGAAUCAGUUGCGAGGAUCAAAGGAAAUCCUAGUUGUCCGAUGUCUGGCCCUAUACACUAUCGUCCUUUAAGCGCGGGCGCAAGGAAGCAGGCAGUUUUGCAACUCUACAUUCUUACGGUUCCUACGACAUGA